GAGGUGAUCCAUGGCAACAGAGUCAGUGCAGCAGCCUCGCGCGCAGCCUGUCACACACUCAACCGACUCUAACGCACUAACCCGGUCUUUUCUUUUCCUUUUUUAUAUAUAUCUUUUUUUUUUUUAAGCAAAUACGAAGUAUUUCUGAUCGUAUCGCGUUUUCACAGCAUCUACGAAUCGAUGUCAUUGAUACAAACCUGAAAACAUUCGGCGUUUAAACGGAUUUAAAGAUGUUUUUGGGAUGUAGCUUCAGUGCUAACUGGGUUUUAUCCGUUAUUAUCGUUAAUGUAACGGACAAAAUGUUCUAGCGACUAAAACACGGUAAAAAAAACAAAAAAAAACGCCGCACUGAGUUCAUUAUUUACUGUAAAUAGGUUGUGUGUUAAGUGAAUAACCACUGCUGGGUUUCUAUUAUCCAGCAAAACACAAACAAACAAACAAACAAACAAACAAGCAAACAAACAUGAGGGUUAUUAAGGAAGCUUCUGCCUGUGUUUGAGUUCCUUUGGGUUUGGAGAUAGAAGGAAGGAGGAAAGAAGAUCGUUUGAGCAUCACGUCGUCUUACACUGUCAUUGAUUUAACUACACUGAGAGCUUGUGAAGGACUGGAUGAAGAUGGCGACUGGAGCUGGAUGGCAGCAAUACUACAAUCCUGCUGGAAAAUACAGUGCUUCGGGUUCAGGCUUGAGCAUGGAGUACACACAGGACCUGCAUCUGAAGAUGAGCAAGAAGAUCGCACAGCUCACUAAGGUGAUUUACGCGCUCAACACAAAGAACGACGAGCACGAGGCAGCUAUCCAGACCCUGAAGGAGGCCCACGAAGAGGAGGUGCAGCAGAUUCUGUCCGAGACACGGGAGAAGAUCAUGCAGUACAAGAGCAAGAUCAGCGACGAGAUGGACCUGAAGCGGCGCAUCCAGUCGCUAGAGGAAUCUAUGGAGGUGCACGACAGGAUGAAGCGGCAGGCGCUGACCGAGUUCGAGUCGUACCGGCAGCGCGUGGAGGACAUGCAGCUGUGCACUGAGGCACAGCACACACAGCGCGUGGUCAGCAUGUCUCGCGAGGUCGAGGAGAUGCGCCGCUCCUUCGAGGAGAAGCUGAGGGCCUUUGUUCAGGUGCAGGCACAGUUUGAGCAGGAGAAGAGACAAGCGCUGGAGGAGCUGCGCACCGCACACAGACAGGAGGUUCAGGAGCUGCUGCGAUCACACCAGAGCCAGAACGCCAACUACAGCAAAGAUCAGGAGAAGCUGAGCCAACUGCACAAGCAGGAGGUGGAGGCUCUGACAGAGAGGGUGGAGGAGCUCAAGCAGGACAAGAAACGCCUGGUGGAGGAGUACGAGGCCAAGCUGAACAAGGCACAGGCCUUCUACGAGAGAGAGCUGGAGGCCAUGAAGCGCACGCAGCAGAUGACGGCCGAGAACCUGCUGGCCUGGAAGAAGACCGAGGCGGAGCUGAGGAAGGAGUUCCAGGCACAGGAGGCGGCGCUGCAGAAGACGCUGGGCAAGCUGCGCUCCGAGCUACAGCGGGUUCAAGAGGAAGCCAGAGAGAGCCAGGAGAAAUCGCACAAACUGCAGGCCUCGCUAACCUCUGCUGAGAGCAACAUUAAGGACCUGCAUAAACAGCUGGAUGAGGUGACUCAGGAUGCAGAGAUCAUAGCGAUCAGGCAGAAAGAAGCCGAGUGCGAGCUGGAAGCCACCAGAGACAGAGUCCAGCAGCAGGCCACGGAGAUCCUCCUUAAAGCCAGUCAGAUUGGCAGCCUGCAGGCCACGCAGAUGACCCACGAGGCGGCCAUCCGCGACCUGGAGUCGGAGAAGUCGCGUCUGAAGGACAAGGUGUUACGUCUGGAGGAGGAGAGGGGGGCGCUACAGAGCAAAAGCCAGGCUCUGGACGAGAGGCAGAGGCAGCAGAUCCUUACCCUCGAUAAGAAUCUUCGGGAGGAGAAGCAGGUCUAUGAGAAGGAGCUGAUGAACCUGCGGAACAGAUAUGAGGAGGAAACCUCUCACUUCAGAGAGACUCAGAGCCGUGUGCUGGAGGAGCUGUCCAAAAAACACAGGGCUGCCCUGGAGAACGCCCAGAGCUCAGCCGAGAAAGAGAAGAACAGACUGCUGGCCGAGAUGCAGCAGCAGUUCGAGAAGGAGCGAAGUUCUCUGGAGGAGCAGAAGAACAGUCUGAGGGAGGAGCUGGACAGUCUGAGAGAGGAGCUCACCUCCAAGCUCAACAUGGCCAACAGCGAGGUGAGCCACCUUCAGGAGAUGGUGAAAGAAGGAGAGCAGAGCCUAGGAUCGGCUAAAGGACACAUCUCCAGCCUGAAGGAGGCUCAGGAGAAGCUUCUAGAAGAGUUAGAUGCCACGCGGGCCAGACUGAGAGAGACCACCAAUCUCCUCGCAGCACUUCAGGGCGAGAUGGAAACUCAGAAGCAACAACACAAUGCCAAACUCAUCUCCACUAAAGAAGACGAAAAGCUUAAAAUGGACAAAAUGGCCCUGGAGCUGGAGCUGAAAUGGACUGAAACACUCAGGCAGGAGUGUAAGAAGCUGCGUGAGGAGCUGCGUGAGGAACAUGAGGAGGACAAGAGGGCAGCGCUCACACAGCUUGCUCAGGCCAAAGAGCAGGAGCUGGGUAGCGCACGAGAAAGCUGGCAGAGGAAAGUGGAGGAUCUGCUGGAGCAGAUUUCUCUGUUGAAGCAGAGUCUGGAGAUGCAGCUGUCACAGUCACAACAUUCUCUUCAGCAGCUGCAGGCUCAGUUUAAUCAGGAGCGAGAGCACCUGGGCCAGCAGCUGCAGGAAUUAGAGUUGGAGCACCGGCGAAGGGAGGAGCGUCUGCGCGAGGCCCACUGCUGCGCCAUCCACGACCUGCAGGAAGCACGCCAGCAUGACCUCAAGGAAUUGGAAGAGCGUCUGCGGCAGCAGCAUCACAUGGAGCUGCAGUCCCUAAGAGAAGCCCACAGGCAGAAAAUCGAGACGCUGAAACAGCAGUCGGAGCAGGAGCUGCAGACGCUACGCUUCGAGCUGGAGGACGAAGGGAAAGCCAUGCUAGCGUCUCUGCGUUCGGAGCUGAAUCAUCUGCACGCUUCGGCUAUAGAGCACCUGCGGCAGACUCAUCAGCAGGAGACUGCAGCUGCCAAGCAGGAGCUGGAGAAUGCCCUGGAGCAGAGCAGGAUACAGGAGCGAGAGCUGCUAAGUCGUAUCUCGGAGCUUCAGGAGGAAGUGACUCGCAGGAAGAACCACAUCGCCGAUCUGGAUCAUGAGAUCCACACGCUGAACGAGAACAUUAGCACUCUCACCAAGGAGCUGGAGCUCAAGGGCAAAGAGGUGCUGAAGAUCCGCAGUGAAGCUAACCAUCAGAUCAGGGCUCAUGAGCAGGACCUAUGUAAGAAGCAUGAGCGGGAGAUGGCUGAGCUGAACGCAAUACACAACAGGGAGACGCAAAACAUGCUGUCUGACUUCAACAAAGCCCAGGAGCUGCUCAAGGACAAAAUCUCGGCCCUGCAGAUCCUGCUCGAAGGGACGGAGGAGAAGUUCAGGAACCGGGAGAGUAGGCCAGAAGAUCUGCAGGUGAUCGCUGAGCUCAAAGACAUGGUAACCGAGAGAGAAUCCCUGGUCAAGAAGCUGGUGGAUGAUAAGAAGUUCUACCAGCUAGAGCUUGUAAACAGAGAGACCAACUUCAACAAAGUGUUCAACACCAGCCCCAACGUCGGUGUAAUUAACCCUCUCAUUAAGCAAAAGCGAAAGAAUGACAAAUCGGCCACCCGAUUCAGCAGCUCGCCCAAUCUAAGGGCCAAUGCCGAGGCUGGGGGGACAGGAAGCGGGCCGCCCCAGCCUAAUCGCCUCGAACCCAUCCCCAACUCCCCCAUUCACCAGCUGGAGCUCAACACCAGCAAACCACUGCCCCCACCGACCCCUCCCUCCGAACCCAAGAAAUUCACGAGUGGACGAGCACGCCAGCAUGACGCUCACCUCUCCGCUCAUCUCCAAAUCAUUUCUAACCACUUCUGCCGUAUCCCUUUUGAGAAACUGGAAAGAAUCCAAUGUGACACUGAGGAUUGCUUUUCUCUGAUAAACAGAAGGCGUGAAAUCAGGAAUAAGAAACCCAAAGCAUCAAUCGCACCCUUCUGAAACAUGUCAUUAACUCGAGUAAUGAAAGCCCUCGACCUUUUAAGCUCGCCGGCUUAAAGGAGGGGGCGGAGUGAAGAUUCACCCCCUCCAUCAGCAUGACGUUAGAUAAGAAGAACUUUUUUUUUCUUCUUCUUUUUUUUUUUUUUUUUGUCUCUGAGAGAUAUCGAUCAUGUCGUGGCACAGAACGCAGUUUGGUUUCUUUCCAGAUGACAGGAAAAAAUGGGAUACCUCUUCUUCACCUUAAUGUUUAUGUAUGAGUAUUAUUAUUAUUAUUUUUGUUAUUAUUAUUAUUAUUAUUAUUAUUAUUAUUAUUAUUAUUACUAUUAUAAAUGGCAUUGGAAUGCAAAAGGGAGCAUGUGUCCCCACCCACCAGAGUGCACGCUGGGAGUUGGUGUCUCUCUGUCUCUGUGUGAUAUCAGACUCAUAUGUAACAUCUCUAAAGUGCACAUUAAUGUCACGUGACCUAAUAUUAAUAAUAAUAUCGAACUUGUUUGUUCAUUUUCGUUCUCUGUACGUACGAUUGUCCGUGUGUACGUGAUUCACUGCAUUCUGCUUGGCAUGUCGUUUGUUUCUCUGUGUGUGUGUGUGUGUGUGUGUGUGUGUGUGUGUGUGUGUGUGUGUGUGUGUGUGUGUGUGUGUGUGGUGUGGUGUGUCGAGCAUGCGUGCUUGCUCGUCGUAUCUGGGAGCGCCGCUGUGCGAUUCUGCAUGCACGCUGUUCUGAAUGGGAAUGAAGCGAGCGAGCCGGAUCACCCUGCAUUGUUAUGGGACUCGUCCAGCUCCUCAAACACACACGCACAGGCUGCCAGGCUCAAAGCAGGACAAGCCCUCCUGAGACAGAAGACUCACCCCCGACUUCCCCAGAUACUCAAAGACAAGAGUGGUUCGCCCAGUACUUCACCUUCUGACUUUUAGCAUCUCCAAAGCAUGUCAGCCAAGCCAAAAGAGGAAACAAACACACACAAAACACAUAGAGAAAAAAAAAAGCUAUCUUCAUCUUUUCAUCCUUCUAACUGUUCUGUUUUCUUUCUCCACUGUGAAUGGGUUUCUUGUUUGUACAGUGAUUAAUAAUAAUAAACAUUAUAAGAAUAAAAUUAGGUAUGUUUGACGUUGCAUCUCAUGAUGAUGAUGAUGAUGAUGAUGAUGAUGAUGAUAAAUUGUUAAAUGCAGUAUAAAGUCCUUGUCCUUCUCCCUGUAUCUUAUUUUAGAUUAUCUGCACUGUAAUGAGAGUUUGUUUACAGCUGCAUAAAUCCACUUUUGGUAGAAUUAAAACUGUUUGUAUGGUCAUCUCAACACAGAUACAAUGAUGUCUCACCAAUUUUAACAAGAAAAUGCAUAUUUUAUAUUUAUAUUACACUGUAUGUAUGCUUACAGAAUAAAUGACUAUUGUGAGAUUUAA